AUGGCAGACGAAGAGCUCGAGGCACUGAGGAAGCAGAGGCUAGUGAAGCUGCAGGCCAAGCACGGGGAUCCUGGUGAUGCAGCCCAACAGGAAGCAAAACAAAGGGAAGCAGAAAUGAGAAACAGUAUCUUAGCCCAAGUUCUGGAUCAGUCAGCCUGGGCCAGGUUAAGUAACUUAGCACUUGUAAAGCCUGAAAAAACUAAAGCAGUAGAGAACUACCUUAUACAGAUGGCUCGGUAUGGACAGCUAAGCAGGAAGGUGUCAGAACAAGGUUUAAUAGAAAUACUUGAGAAAGUCAGCCAACAGACAGAAAAGAAAACAACAGUUAAAUUCAACAGAAGAAAAGUAAUGGACUCCUAUGAAGAUGAAGAUUACUAAGAGGAAAUAUUUGGACUUACGGAGCAGCGUCUAGGGCAGUUACAACCUUUUAAAUGUUUACUUUGUUUAUUGUCUA